AUGGCACCUCACGCCGAAGAGCCUAAAGCAGAUUCGGGUGUUGAUCUCAUCCAACAUGACGGAAAGAGUUACGGCGAUUGGCGCGAUGACUUCCACCGCUUUGGUUGUGCGGUUGUGAAGAACGUCAUAACACCAGAGCGUGCAGAGUACUACAAGCAAAAGCAACUAGAGUGGCUUCAAUCAUUCGAUCUCGGAUUUGACCCCAAAGACGAAUCCACUUGGACCGCAGACCAUCUUCCUGUCAGCUUCAAAGGCGGCAUGUACUUUGCCUAUGCGAGCACUCACGAGAAGUUCGUCUGGGAAGCCCGUACAGAGCCCAAAGUCGUGGAUGUCUUCACUAAGCUAUGGGGAACGAACGAACUUCUGUGCUCCUUUGACGGAAUGAACAUCACUCUGCCACGACAAAAGGACUUGACCUGGAGCCCAUGGCCACACUGCGAUCAGAACGAGAAUCGCAAAGGAAUGCAGUGCGUCCAAGGCUUGCUAAACUAUCAGCCCAACGGCCCCAAGGAUGGCGGGUUGAUCCUGAUGAAGGGAAGCUCAAAACUUUUCGACGAAUUCUUUGCAGAGAAGCGAGAUCAGGACGAGCAUGAGGACAAGCCUCCGCCAGAGGAGGAGAUGAGGGAUCUAUUCAUCUUCAAGGAGGAAGACGUGAAGUGGUUCGAGAGCAGGGGCUGCACAUUGCAGAAGAUUGAUAUGGAACCUGGAGAUUUGGUACUUUGGGACAGCAGAACGAUGCAUUACGCUGCUCAUCCUCAAGGCGACCUCAUUCGGCAUGUGCAGUAUAUUUGCAUGACGCCACGGAAGUUCGCAAAAGAGGAAGAUAUCAAGCUGAAGGCUGAACUGUUCCAUAAUUUCCAAGGCACUACACAUUGGCCCCAUUGCAACAUCCACAAGGCCGGACCGCCACUUCGCAACGGCAAGCUGUGUCCGAAGAACAGGACUGAGCCAUUGGAGAAGCCUGUUAUUACCGAUCAGGUCUUGCAGUUGGCCGGAGUGAAAGCGUACUAAGCAAUGCGUUAUAUCUUUGAUCUUGUUGUAUUCGUACCUAGCUAUCGUACACAAUGCUUUAUCAUUCUUCCAUCC